CGCCCCGGGCUGUCGCUGACUGGUGUUACAGCCUUUUUCAGCUCGCUCGACUGAUGAAAAAUAAUAAAGCCUUCUCUCUUUUUGCCUGUUACCACGUUUCUGUGUUUGCUAGGGAGUCCGUGCAGCUGUGCUGAACGUUGAGCCUGGUGCCGCAGCCUGCUCCGCUUUGUGCAGCCAUAGGAGGCCCUGGCCUUAGGAUACCAGAGGCAGAGAUCUGAGCGCCUGGUUCAGCGCUUUCUGCAGCGAAUUGAGUUUCUUUGUGCUGUGUGUGAGCCCUGCAUUGCUGAUUCAUAUGAUGGACCUCACUCUGUAAAAACAGAGUGAAUUUGCUUCUGAUGGAUUUCAGCUUGGCUACUUUCUCCCUGCAUAAAGUCUUGAGAAUUGCUUAGCCUCUUACUGCCAGAUGAAGCACAAACCACCGUGUCUGACAGCUGUCUGGGACCAAACCCUGAACACAAGCUUAUGCUCUAAGGUGUAGGGGCUGCAUGCUGUUGUGAAAGCACCUGCAGGAGUCUGGAGCAAUGCCACCACCUUCAGACAUUGUGAAAGUAGCUGUAGAGUGGCCAGGCGCCAAUGCCCAGCUGCUGGAAAUAGAUCAGAAAAGGCCUCUUGCAUCCAUCAUCAAGGAGGUCUGUGAUGGGUGGUCACUGCCAAACCCUGAAUACUACACAUUACGGUAUGCCGAUGGUCCUCAACUGUACAUCACAGAGCAGACUCGCUGUGACAUCAAGAAUGGAACGAUUCUGCAGCUGGCAGUCUCCCCAUCUAGGGCAGCUCGCCAGCUAAUGGAGAGGAUCCAGUCACACAGUAUGGAAGUCCGACUCGAUGCCAUGAAGGAACUGGCUAAACUUUCAGCAGAUGUGACCUUUGCCACAGAGUUCAUCAACAUGGAAGGGAUUACAGUGCUGACACGGCUUGUGGAGAGUGGGACCAAGCUUCUGUCCCAUUACAGUGAGAUGUUGGCUUUCACCUUGACUGCCUUCUUGGAGCUCAUGGACCAUGGUAUCGUCUCCUGGGACAUGGUCUCAAUAACCUUCAUUAAACAGAUUGCAGGAUAUGUCAGUCAGCCUAUGGUAGAUGUCUCCAUCCUCCAACGAUCCCUAGCCAUUCUAGAAAGUAUGGUGUUGAACAGUCAGACUCUGUAUCAGAAGAUAGCAGAAGAGAUCACUGUGGGGCAGCUCAUUUCUCAUCUGCAAGUCUCAAACCAAGAGAUUCAGACAUAUGCCAUUGCCCUGAUCAAUGCCCUCUUCCUGAAGGCACCUGAGGACAAGAGACAGGACAAGCUGCUUAACCCGCUAGACCUGCCCAUCACUGAAAUGGCUAAUUCAUUUGCCCAGAAGCACCUGAGAUCUAUCAUCCUGAAUCAUGUGAUCAGAGGAAACCGCCCAAUUAAAACAGAAAUGGCUCAUCAGCUGUAUGUGCUGCAGGUCCUGACAUUUAAUCUUCUGGAGGAGAGAAUGAUGACCAAGAUGGAUCCCAAUGAUCAGGCACAGAGAGACAUCAUAUUUGAGUUGAGAAGAAUUGCAUUUGAUGCAGAGUCUGACAGCAACACCAUCCCUGGCGGUGGAACAGAAAAACGCAAAGCCAUGUAUACCAAGGACUACAAGAUGCUGGGAUUCACUAAUCACAUCAAUCCAGCUAUGGAUUUUACUCAGACUCCUCCAGGGAUGCUGGCAUUGGAUAACAUGCUGUACUUGGCCAAGUUUCAUCAGGACACCUAUAUCAGGAUCGUUCUGGAGAACAGCAGUCGAGAAGAUAAGCAUGAGUGUCCCUUUGGACGCAGUGCCAUUGAGCUUACCAGGAUGCUGUGUGAGAUCCUACAAGUUGGAGAACUCCCUAAUGAAGGCCGGAAUGACUAUCACCCCAUGUUUUUCACUCACGACCGUGCAUUUGAGGAGUUGUUUGCCAUUUGCAUCCAGCUGUUGAACAAGACCUGGAAAGAAAUGAGAGCAACAGCAGAAGAUUUUAACAAGGUUAUGCAGGUUGUAAGGGAACAGAUCACACGGGCUCUCCCCUCCAAACCCAACUCUUUGGACCAGUUCAAGAGCAAACUGCGCAGCCUGAGCUAUUCUGAGAUUCUGCGACUACGCCAGUCUGAGAGAAUGAGCCAGGAUGACUUCCAGUCACCACCUAUUGUGGAGCUAAGAGAGAAAAUCCAGCCUGAGAUCUUGGAGCUGAUAAAGCAACAGCGCCUGAACAGGCUCUGUGAGGGAAGCAGCUUUCGAAAAAUUGGAAAUCGCAGAAGACAAGAAAGAUUUUGGUAUUGUCGCCUUGCUCUGAACCACAAAGUGCUACACUAUGGAGAUCUGGAAGAUAAUGCCCAGGGGGAAGUGACCUUUGAAUCACUGCAGGAAAAAAUUCCAGUUGCAGAUAUCAAAGCCAUUGUCACAGGGAAGGAUUGUCCACACAUGAAGGAGAAAAGUGCACUGAAACAGAACAAGGAAGUGUUAGAAUUGGCCUUCUCGAUUCUAUAUGACCCAGAUGAGACCUUAAACUUCAUCGCACCUAAUAAGUAUGAGUACUGUAUCUGGAUCGAUGGGCUUAACGCUCUCUUGGGGAAGGACAUGUCCAGCGAGCUGACAAGGAGCGACCUGGACACGCUGCUGAGCAUGGAGAUGAAGCUGCGGUUGCUGGACUUGGAGAACAUCCAGAUCCCCGAGGCGCCGCCGCCCAUCCCCAAGGAGCCGAUGCGUCAGCUCCGCGGCAAGAGAUCGGCUACCACGCUGGAUGAGAAGAUCGAGAAAGUGAGGCAGAAAAGGAAGAUUCAGGAAAAAGAAGCUAAGCAAGCAAAAGUGAAAGAUGGCGAUGCAGGAACUGAGGAUAAUCAGUCCGAAAAGAGGGAAUGUGAGGACUUUGGUAGAGAGGAAGAAGAGGACAACGAGUCCCAGUACUCGUUGGAUGAUGAAACUAUCUUCACAAAAGCAGAUACAAUUAAAGUGAAGGAAAGGAAGAGAUCAAAAAAAGGAGGACAAAAAGAAGCAGAAAGCUUUUUUGAAGAUGCCUCUCAAUAUGAUGAUAGCUUGUCAUUCCAGGACAUGAAUCUUUCCCGACCUUUGCUUAAGGCAAUCACAGCUCUUGGUUUCAAGCAGCCAACUCCAAUUCAGAAGGCUUGUAUCCCAGUGGGUCUUCUGGGGAAGGAUAUUUGUGCUUGUGCUGCUACUGGGACAGGCAAAACAGCUGCUUUCAUCUUGCCUGUGCUUGAGCGCCUGAUUUACAAACCUCGUCAGGCCCCAAUAACGAGGGUACUGGUUCUUGUGCCAACACGAGAACUGGGUAUUCAAGUGCAUUCUGUCACAAAACAGCUGGCACAGUUCAGCAGUGUCACAAGCUGCCUUGCUGUAGGUGGCCUAGAUGUGAAGACUCAGGAAGCAGCUCUGCGCUCUGGGCCGGACAUUCUUAUUGCGACUCCUGGGCGACUAAUUGAUCAUCUCCACAACUGUCCCUCUUUCCACCUGAGCAGUGUAGAAGUGCUCAUUUUGGAUGAAGCAGACAGGAUGCUGGAUGAGUACUUUGAGGAACAGAUGAAGGAAAUAAUCAGGUUAUGUUCCAAGCACCGGCAGACAAUGCUUUUCUCUGCCACAAUGACAGAGGAGGUGAAAGAUUUGGCUUCUGUUUCCCUGAAGAAUCCCACCCGAAUUUUUGUGAACAGCAACACAGAUGUUGCCCCUUUCCUGAGGCAGGAAUUCAUCCGGAUCAGACCCAACCGAGAGGGAGACCGUGAGGCCAUUGUGUCAGCUCUGCUGACACGGACCUUCCCGGAUCACGUGAUGCUUUUCACCCAGACAAAGAAGCAAGCUCAUCGUAUGCACAUCCUGCUUGGGUUGAUGGGUCUGCGGGUUGGGGAGCUUCAUGGGAACCUCUCCCAGGCACAGCGACUGGAAGCACUCAGGCGUUUUAAGGAUGAGCAGAUUGAUAUUCUGGUAGCUACAGAUGUGGCUGCGCGAGGACUUGACAUAGAAGGUGUUAAAACAGUAAUCAAUUUUACCAUGCCCAACACCACCAAACACUAUGUUCAUCGAGUGGGUCGAACAGCAAGAGCAGGUAGGGCUGGUCGCUCAGUUUCACUCGUGGGUGAGGAAGAGCGGAAGAUGCUUAAGGAGAUUGUGAAGUCUGCCAAAACACCAGUGAAAGCCAGAAUUCUCCCUCAAGAUGUCAUAUUGAAAUUCCGAGAAAAGAUUGAGAAUCUGGAAAAAGAUGUGUAUGCAGUUCUGUGCUUGGAGCGUGAGGAACGUGAAAUGCAGCAGUCAGAGGCCCAGAUCAAUAAGGCAAAGAAGCAGUUGGAGGAAGGAAAACAGGAGACUGCAACCAAGGGCGUAGAGCGGAGCUGGUUCCAGACCCGUGAGGAGAGGAAGAAAGAAAAAUUGGCUAAAGCACUGCAGGAGUUUGACCUAGCAUUACGAGAAAAAAAAAGGAAGAAAUUUAUGCAGGACACACAGAGAAAAGUCCAAAUGACACCAGAGGAGAGGUCACAGUUUGAAAUCUUGAAAUCUCAAAUGUAUGCUGAGCGGCUGGCAAAAAGAAAUCGGCGACUGAAGCGGGCCCGAGCUUUGCCAGAAGAGGAACCAGCAACAGCACCAAAAGGCCCCAAGCAGAAGAAAAAGGUGUCUGUGUUUGAUGAAGAGCUUACCAACACAAGCAGGAAGGCUCUGAAGCAGUAUCGUGCAGGUCUGUCAUUUGAGGAUCGGAAACGCUUGGGCAUGGCGCAACGAAGGAAAGGAGGAAACUUUAAGUCCAAGUCCAGGUACAAGAGGAAAUAAGAAUUGUUUUACCAAGUGGGGAAUCCGGGCUAUCUGGACACUUCAGACUUCUUUCCAGGGCCUGGAUUUCUUCACACGGGGAGGACCUGAAUAGAUCUUCAUCAAGUCUCAGAAUAGCUUUGGAUUGUUCAUUUAUAGCUGGUUGAACACUAUGUGAAAAUAUUUUCAGCCAAUAUAAUAAAUUUUCUAAAAAAA